GGUCUCAGCAUUAAGGCUCCGACUUGCUGGGGCUCCCGGGCCGAGGUGCUGCCAGCCCGCUCAGCUCCCUGGGCAGCGGGCCUGGGGCAGUGCCCACAGGCAGAGUCUGGUGUGUGUGCCCAGGAGGAGCAGCCCUGUCCGCGUGCCUCUCCGGACACCCCCCGCAGUCUGCGCCCUCUGCCGCGUGUCUUUGUUGAGUCUGAGUGGGAGGGUCUGGCCCUCGGAGCCUGCUCCUUUGUGUCGGUCUCGCCUCUGAGCCUGUCUCUCCCUCGCCCCGAUAUGUCCAGACAUGGUGUUUGUCCCCAGUGCCGGGGACUGGGCAUGGUGACGCCCCUUCCCUGCAGGGCUGCCCCCUCCUCUGGUCUGUCUCUCCAGGCCCCUCCCUCGGAGCUGCAGCUCCUCCCUCCCCCGACGCUGCGGCUGCGGCUGCGUCUGGCCGGCUGUGUCUGAGCGGAGGCGCUGGGGCCAGCACUGCCGCCGCCCAUCCGUGAGCUCUGAGCCGGGAGGCGCUCAGGGCUGGGGCUGGGGUCUGCUCCCGAGGAGGUCGCCAAGGUGCGUGGCCGGCACACAUGGAGCCGCUGCUCCCCGCCCCCUUCUGGGAGGCCCUCUACAGGAGCCGUCUGCAGGCCAACCUGUCCCUUCCGGGCGACAACCACAGUGUGCUGGCCCCGGCCCAGCUUCUCAACGGCACCCGGGACGGGGCCUUCCUGCCCCUGGGCCUCAAGGUCACCAUCAUGGGGCUCUACCUCAGCGUGUGUGUCGGCGGGCUGCUGGGGAACGGCCUCGUCAUGUACGUCAUCCUCAGACACACCAAGAUGAAGACGGCCACCAACAUCUACAUUUUCAACCUGGCUCUGGCAGACACGCUGGUGCUGCUGACCCUGCCCUUCCAGGGAGCAGAUGUCCUCCUGGGCUUCUGGCCAUUUGGGAAUGCGCUGUGCAAGGUGGUCAUCGCCAUCGACUACUACAACAUGUUCACCAGCACCCUCACGCUGACCGCCAUGAGCGUGGACCGCUACGUGGCCAUCUGCCACCCCAUCCGUGCCCUUGAUGUCCGCACAUCUACCAAAGCUCAGGCCGUCAACGUGGCCAUCUGGGCCCUGGCCUCUGUCGUGGGCAUCCCGGUGGCUGUCAUGGGGUCAGCACAGGUAGAAGACGAAGAGAUCGAGUGCCUGGUAGAGAUCCCGACCCCACAGGACUACUGGGGCCCCGUGUUUUCCAUCUGCAUCUUCCUCUUCUCCUUCGUCAUCCCUGUGCUCAUCAUCUCGGUGUGCUACAGCCUCAUGGUGCGGCGGCUGCGCGGGGUCCGCCUGAUCUCGGGCUCCCGGGAGAAGGACCAGAACGUGCGGCGCAUCACGCGGCUGGUGCUGGUGCUGGUGGCCGUGUUCGUGGGCUGCUGGAUGCCCGUGCAGGUCUUCGUGCUGGCCCAGGGGCUCGGCGUACAGCCGGACAGCGAGGCCGCGGUGGCCGCCCUCUGCUUCUGCACGGCCCUGGGCUACGUCAACAGCUGCCUCAACCCCAUCCUCUACGCCUUCCUGGACGAGAACUUCAAGGCCUGCUUCCGCAGGUUCUGCUGCGCCUCUGCCCUGCGCAGGGAGGCCCCUGUGUCCGGCUGCGUGCGCAGCGUUGCCAAGGACGUGGCCCUGGGCUGCAGGACUUCAGAGACAGUGCCGCGGCCCGCAUGACUAGGCGUGGGCCUGCCGCUGGUGCCUGCCAGCCUGCAGAGCCCGUCCACACCCAACACGGAGCUCACACAGGUCACUGCCCUCUAGAUGGAGGCCUCCCCACCCCGGGCACCUCGGGCUCGCCCCUGUGCUGGUCCCUGAGCUGCUGGACUCCCUGGUGGAUGCUCAGCCUCCUGACGGCUGCUGCUGCCCGGGUGCAGGGAGAGCCCUGUCCUCGUGCCGUCAGAGCUCUGCCCUGGCGCUUGCCGGCACCUCCCGCCUCCCCACAGGUGAGGCCACCUCGAGCGCAGCCGCUUGCCAGAGGGGCUGUGUCCCAGGUCUCUUGUCUGGGUUGGGGGGGGGGGUGUCCUACGCAUGUCCUCACUCUCUGGGAUUCACUCUCUGUCCCUUCUUUCCAAGCAGGCCAGUGGCCGUGUGGCGGGCAGGACUCUGCCCUGCUUGGACUUGGCAGGGGUGUUCUGCGGGGUCCAUCUGUGGACCGACCCCUGCUUCACUCCGAGUCUGUGUGGGAGGCCCAAGCUUCUGGCUGCCUGGAGGCACCCGAACAGCCCCCACAGGCUGGGUGGGCCACAGACACCCAGGGGACAUGGACACUCAGAAUGUGGACACUCAGGUCCGUGGACACCGAGGACCUGUGGACAACACAGGGCCUCUGGACACCCAGGGACUGUGGGACCCCAAUGGGGUUAUGGACACCCAGGGGCUGUGAACACUGCAAAGGUGUCUGUCCAUCCUGGGCUUCGGACACUCAAGGACUGUGAACACUCAGGAAUUGUGGACACUCCUUGCUGCGGACACCGAGGGCCUCAGCCUCCCGUCGCAGGGGACUUCACAGACUGUGGGUCCUGUGUCUGUCUGCAGCAGUCGGGGAGGACGGCUCUGUCAGUUCUGCCCGCAGGGAGCGGGCGUGGCAGCAGCACCUUGGUGCCCGCCCUCUCGUUCAUGCGUGUGCUGUGGGAUUCCUGCAUGCGGCCCAAUAAACCUGCUCUGACUUGG